GUAUUGCUUUGACUAAAGAACUUACACAAAGUUAUAAAUUAAACAUUAUAGAAACUUGCACUGUAAAAAAUACAGUGAAAAACGGCUAGAUACAGGAAAAUGCUGUUUUUUAACAAAACAGUAAAAUACUGUAGAACUGUACAUACUUGCAUCCUAAACUCAAGGCAACUGGUUUCCCAAAUGAAAUGAGUUGGGUUCAAGGGUAUUAAUACGGUAACAUACCGUUAAAUAAAGGGAAGCUGUAAAUUAACGAAAGUAGAACUGUAAAAUAACAGUAGAUUGCUGGCAACUAGCUGCCAGUAGGUGGGUCAAAAAGGACCAAACCAAGUGAUUGGGUUAAAUCGUUGGAUUUCUUUUUUGAUCCAACUCUGGCACCCCGUCACAUUUCCAUUAAGUAGCGUCUAUCUAAAUUCAUCAGCCAAACAUUUGAAUAACUUUUGUGUUCGUACUUUUAACAAACAGCUGCGGCAGCUUUGGCUUCACAUGCACUUCUGUUGCACAAAGGAUUAUGGGUAACAUUAGCAGAGCAUUCAGUCUGACACCUUUGGCAUACUAUUUUCAACAUCCAAAGAUCAGAAACAGAAAUGUUGUAUUACAUAAUGUUUAGGAUGGAUAUUUUGUAAAGCUGGUGUGGAUCUAUCUCUCUUUCUGUUUGUUUUCUUCACUCAUUCUCUCUGUCAAAGCUUAUUUUCACCGUCUGUUUUGUGUUUUAAACAUUUAAUUCCUGAUUCAAUAGAUCAUGUCUUAAACUUUCAAACUUGUGGGGUGUGUCUGUGCCAUUGGAGAGCUGUGUGUGGGGGUUGAGCCCUGAACACAUGUGCUGUCACUCAAACACCCUGUGCAGACCGCUCAAACUGAGACCGAGAUCCCGGCAGCUCAAAGACGCCCGACUCGCCCUCGUCUUUGGACGCUGUUGAGUUUUACAGAUUGACUCUUCUGUGGUGCUUUAUUGCGAGCGAAUCGAAUCAGAUGAUGAAGGCCGUGGUGAUACUGAGUGUACUGGUGACCGUUGUGUGUCAGGUGAGCAGUAUCAAGCAGGUAAAGCAGAACGAUCUAAACCCAUCAGUGCUGUAUCCAUGGCAACACAGAAGUGCAGGAGCACAGGUCCGAGUGAAGAGAGACUGGAUUAUACCACCUAUCCGAGUCUUAGAAAACAGCAGGCAGGUUCCUGAAGAUCUGGUCCAGAUUAAAUCUGAUAAAAUUUUCACGGGCGAGGUGAUAUACAUGCUGGAGGGUCCCGGGGUUGACCAGGACCCUAAAGGCCUCUUUGAAAUCGAUGAGAAAACAGGAUGGAUUAAAAGUAAAAGGCCACUGGACAGGGAGAAACACAGGAGCUUCAAGCUCAAAGCUUUUGCACUUUCCCCGAGCGGAGAGAGAUUGGAGAGUCCGACCACCAUUGAGAUUUAUGUUCUGGAUCAGAAUGACAACAGGCCUGAAUUUACACAAAAGGAGUUUUUCGGCACAAUCCCAGAAUUCUCUGUUCCAGGUACUUCAGUGAUGCAGGUGACAGCAGUAGAUGGUGAUGAUCCUAUGACAGAUAACGCAGCUCUGAGUUACUCUAUCAUUGGUCAGGAGACCGUCCCACCUCACAGCAUCAACAAGACCAUGUUCGGCAUCAACAACAAAACUGGAGUCAUCUCCAUACGCGACGUGGGACUGGACCGAGAUGUGGUGCAGUCUUUUAAGUUGACUCUGCAGGUGGCUGACAUGUCUGGAAUAGGUCUUUCCUCCAAGGGCCGUGCCAUCAUUAACAUCUCUGACAUUAACAACCACGCUCCAAAAUUCCAGCCUAGCGUGUAUAAAAUGUAUGCGAUGGAGAACAAGCACAUUGCGGAGGUGGGUAGAAUCAACGCGACAGAUAAUGAUCAGAGAGGUGGACUAAACUGGAUGAUCAAAUACAAAAUCACAAGCGGAGAUCCAGUAGGACACUUCAGUGUGCGUACAGACCCGGUGACCAACCAGGGCAUCAUUUCUGUGGUUAAGCCACUGGAUUUUGAGUCACAGGCGGAGCACCAGCUCACUGUCACAGCUGAAAAUGCAGUGACUCUUAAAGCUCCAUAUGAAAGAGUCCAAAGUGCCACAGUCACAGUCAGUGUGCUGAAUGAAAACGAACCCCCGAUCUUCUAUAGAAACCCUAUUAAAGUGACUGUGCCUGAAUCCGUCGAUCCUGGUACCAUACUGGUCUCAGAUGUUGCACAUGAUCCAGAUAACGCCAAGCUACGGUAUGAAAUCAUUCAGGAUCCUGAGAAUUGGCUUUAUAUCAACCACGCGACUGGACAGAUCUCAACCAGUAGAAACUUCAAUAUCCGCUCUCCACAUGUCAAGAACAACAUGUACUCUGCCGUCGUAAAGGUCAUAGAUCAGGAUGCUGAUGGAGUUUCUGCGACAGCCACAUUGGAAGUCACUCUGUGGGAAACCAAUGAUUAUCCACCCAUACUGAUUCCAUUGAGUGGGACCGUAUGCAGUGAUCAGGACAGAGAUAAACUGGGUCUGCUGCUCAGUGCUAUCGAUCAGGACAUGGCUCCUCAAUCUGACCCCUUUACAUUUAAAAUAGAUGACCAAAAUCUGGCCGCCAACUGGACCAUAAUAACUCUAAAUGAGACUCACGCCGUUCUCCAGCCACUUGUAGACAUCGAGAGCGGAGAAUUUUCUAUUCCUGUUGUCGUGUCAGACUCGGGCUCUCCGUCACUUUCCUCAUCUGCUUUGGUCAAUGUCACCGUCUGUUCCUGUGAUAGUUUCGGAGACUGCAAGAGUUUGUCGGCAGCCAUGUUUGGAUCCAGAAUGGGCCUAAGCUUUAUUGCCCUCAUGAUUAUUGUGGGCAGCAUGGUUCUUUUAUUGUUGCUGAUUGUCCUCGCUGUGACUGUGAGAGGCUGCAUGAGACCUAACAUGAAGAAAGGAGGAGGACUGCUGAUCGGGACAUCUGAAGAGGACAUCAGAGACAACGUCUUUCAUUACGAUGAGCAGGGAGGUGGAGAGGAGGACGAGAAUGCAUUCAACAUUGAUUUUCUGAGGAACCCGAGUGACGUGAUUCCUGCACCAGCCACAUAUUUCCCUCAGAACCGCAGCCUGCCGAGAGGAAAACAGCCCCUAAGGAAAGAUGCUCCACAUAAUCUCCCUUCUCCUACAUAUCCUCGCAAACGCGCUGGAGAGCCGACGGACAUUGAAGAUUUCAUUAAUGUUGGUCUUGAUGCUGCAGACGCCGACCCCAACGUCCCGCCGUAUGACACGGCUCUGAUCUAUGACUAUGAAGGUGAUGGGUCUGUAGCAGGUAGCCUGAGCUCCAUCGCCUCCACAGGUUCGGAUGAAGAUCAGGACUACGACUAUCUCAAUGACUGGGGACCACGCUUUAAAAAACUGGCUAACAUGUAUGACCCACGGUAAAGGUCGGCACGAUUCACACGUUCGACACAUUUCAGAUCUUCUUGUGGACCCAGGCUCUCCAAACCUUGAUGUUGCUAAAUUUCCUUUCAUCUAUGUGAGAAGUUGCUGGUGGCGUAUGGUGUUUUUGUUAAAGGUCAUAAGAGAAACAAAACACUCUUUCCUUUUCUUUAUGGAUCAGCAAGUUAUUUUAACAUGUUGAUGUGACAGGUGCUUGCUGUGGGCCGUGUGUUUUUCAUAUUGAGCAGCACCAACUGGAGAGAGGAACUGUGUGGAAGUCCAUAUCGCUUACGUGGCGAAAGACAGACGCCUUGUUCCUAAAACAUGUGUCAUGGUUAGUUUAGCUUGCUGAGCAUGUAAAUGGGUUUAAAACUAAGAAAAUGCUGUAUUGACGAUUAGGAAAUGUUUUUU